CUGGAGCGUGUAAGCUGCACCGAGCCCUGACGUAGCGCUCUGCUCUCUACGCCCACUUUCACACACUGCUGCUGCCGCCGCCGUCCGCGGCCACGGCAACUGCCGCCAUGCUCGCGGCCUCGCUGCGCUACAAGCCCCCCGGCCGCCCACCCCUGCAGCAGCACUGCCGCGGCCACUGCUACAGCCGCGGCAUCGGCCGCAGUGCUGCUACUGCUGCUACUGCUGCUGCCAGCAGCGGCCGUGUCCUCAAGACGUCCGACACCAAUGCCUACGGCGCUUUUGGUGUGGCGGAGGCGCUGGCGGAACUGCGGCAGGUGCUGCGCAAGCACUCGCACGACCCGCUGGGCAUUGACGGCUACCUGUUUGAGGUGCAUGUGUGGGCCACCUACAACUUCGAUGCUGUGGAGAAGGGGCUGCCGUACAGGGCGCGGCGUUACGCGGACGGAGUCGGCGGCGACGUGGACGUGUGUGUGCACGACAUGCGCGACGGCACCGCAGUGGACCAGGCGCAGCUCAAGACCACGGGCAAGCACCUGUUCAGCCACUUCAGGUGCGUGGGGAUGUGGGCGGGCGAGGACGAGGGCGAGGGCGAGGGCGAGGGCGAGGGCGAGGACGAGGACGAGGACGAGGACGAGGACGAGGACGAGGACGAGGGCGAGGGCGAGGGCGAGGGCGAGGGCGAGGGCGAGGGCGAGGGGUGGUACACCGGCCUGGACCGCGUGACGACCACGGAGCACGCCCACUGCCAGGGCGGCGUGUGUGCGGAGGGGGAGCUGAGCUACGGCGGCGCCUCCAGCCUGCCGGUGUCGCUGUGGAGCGGGCAGCUGCAGCGGCUGGAAUCGGAGCCGGAGGUGCGGCUGCGGGAGCUGCAGGCGGAGGUGCGCCGGCGCCACCGCGAGCAGCAGAAGUAGGAUGGAGCAGCGGUACAGGAGUACGAGGCGCAGCAGGAGGCGCACAGCGGUGGGCCGCUGCCACUACGUUGCUUCGAAUGGAGUCGAGGUUGGCCACACUCAGGUGCCGUGCGGCGGGCACUGGAGAUAGGCUAGAGUUCGCAAGGUUGAGCGUUGGCGUUGAGGCUGCAGAGUGGAGCAACCAAGUCGCUACUGGUCUUGGAGCGGGCGAGAGUUGUGCCGGACUCAUGGUUGUAAUUUCACAUCUUC